CCACACAGUCUCUAAUCAGACUCGGGAGGGACAGAGGCAAACCUGUAAAGCCCCUGGGGAAAAGAAAGACAAAACAAAAACCUUGACUUCAGUUAUUUUGUUUGUUGUUUUCUUUUGAAAAAGACAACUGUAACUACAGUGGCUGUUGGAAUUUGCCCCUCAGUUCUUGGGAUGCCAGCUUCAAAGUAACAUCAGUUUCUGAGGACGCCUUUCUGUACUCAGAGCGUUUUGCCUCUUGUGAACGGCUUUGUUACUGCCAGCUUUGGGAGGUCCAGUGGCAUUCUUCUCUCACGAAGGUCUUCCUGAUUGGUUCAACAAAUCCCUGUGAGGCAAUGGCCGACCCCAGUGUGGUUUAUCCUUCAGUCUUUGUGGUGGAUGGGAAGACCAGUGCAACUUUUCCCCCGGAUCCACGGAAAAAACGGACAGGGACGGCACAGACACUCCUCUUUGUGCUGCUGAUCCUGGUGCUGCUUGGCAUACUGAUUGAGGGUUAUUUCAUCUUCCAGCUGUGGACAAGAAACUCUGAAAAAGAUAAGAUCAGCAUCAAUGAAAACAGUCCUCAAAAGUCAAUCCAAGAUGAAAAUGAAAUAAAAUCAAUCCAAGCUGAAUGGGAUCAGAAAAAGCCCAAAGCUCAUGUUACAGGCUGUAACUGCAAUGCCAGUAAAGAAGGAAAGAUGUUCUGGGAAUCUGUGAAUGGAGAUGCCUUCACACACACGAUAGACUAUAAAGAUGGUUCCUUGGUCAUCAAGACUGAAGGCUUUUACUUCAUUUACUCAAAAAUCUUUUAUGGUCAGCUGGAUUGUAAAACCUCAGCCAAAGGAACCUUUAAGCAUGGUGUUUACAAGUCAACACAGAGGUAUCCGGGAGACCUGGAGCUCAUGAGCUCCAAGAGGUACCACUGCAGAAAUGAUAAAGAAGACAUGCUAGACAACAGCUUCCUGGGAGGAAUCUAUCAUCUUACAGAAGGGGACCAGAUUUUUGUUAAAGUGAAUCAAAAAAACCUUAUCCGGCUGCAGUCCACCUCUGAAAACUUUUUUGGAGCUUUUUUGAUUUAGCUUUCUUCCUUUUAGCUCUAGUCCUUUUUAAAACAGAACCAUGGAAGCAACUAAUUUCUACAUUCAGCUCUAUGUCUCUUAGCUCAGCAGUGGCGUCUGGUUGGUUGGAGGCAGGAGGUAUUGACAAAUGCUGCUGUAGAAUGUCAUUGAUAAGAUUGUUGACUGGAUCUUAUCUCUCGGCAUUUGACAGUUAAUUAAACCCAGAACACACACAUACUGGUCCUAACUACAGUAAUCAAUCUAUUAUCGGCAAGGUAACAUACUGGCCUUACCAUUUGAAAUUUCUUUUGAAGAUCUAAUCAUUUAUAUUGAACAGAGAGGAACACACUAGUGGACAGCCUCAAGUAUGUCAUUUAAACGAUUAGAGAUGUCAAUCUUCAUUAGGCCAUUUAGACAUAAAGAAUCAUCCUUCUUGAGCGACAGAAAUUAAGCUCUCCUUUUAAAAUUGAAAAUAUGACUAUAGUACGAAAGUGCUAGAGAGAAUAGAGUACUAUCAGAGCUGUGACUUUUGGGCAGGUCCUAAGGAUUAUUGAGGAAUACCAAAGGGGUCUUUGAUAGCUAGAACCAUGUGCUCUUAAGAGACUUCUCAAUGUGAAUGUACUGCUCUCCAGGAAUGUGUGACCUAGAUGUCGUAAAGAGACAGUGAGUGGGACACAUGAUACAAUCCUGCUUUUUUUGCACUGUAAUAAGAUAUUUGAAUUCUGGGUAGUAUAAUGUAACAGAACCCCAUUAAAUGUAUGUUUUUCAAUAAUAUUGCAUUUCAAGUGUUUAAGCACCUAGAUUUAGUCUUUCUAUUCAUUGGUUUCAAUAUCUUUAUACUGUAGGUCACUUACAUAUAAUUUAUAUAUUAUCAUAAAUAUGCAAUAUUUCUUGUUUGUCUUGUCUUAUAACAAAAAUAGGAAUGUACAGAAUUUAACAAUUUAACCUGCUUGGUUGAGCUACAGAUUGAAUGUAUUUUUAUCAUAUUUCUAAUGUACAGAUUUCAGCUGUUGAAAUGUACUUACAGUUAAACCUGAAGAUUGUAAAGAUUAAGUUACUUACCUGACAGAUGCCAAUAGAUGCCAACUCUUUCAGUAUGACUGGGACAUCUUUAGAAGUUCUCAUUUUGUAUGUUUUUUUAUUAUAAUUUUAAAUAGGAUUGCAGAUAACCUGGUCUAAUGUUUAAUGUGACUUGAAUGUUAAAUCUAAAGGUACAGUACCUGAUAUUCAGGUCAGUAAAUAUUUGCAAAAACAUAUUUAUAUAUAUAGUAUAUAUUAUUAACAGAAAUUAUACAUUGCAGUUGUAUAUAUUUCAUUUGUCUGUUUGUAUGGGAUCAUCAUGGGAUUGUUUGUUAGAUCAUCAACGAAGUCUAGGGACACCUACCUUUAAUUAUUAUAUUAUUGUAUGGAUGUGCAUUGACUACAUAGAAAGCUGUUUCAAUCUGCCUGUCAAACGCUACCUUGAUCUCAGUGUGUGGAGAUGUGAAUGGAUUAAGGUUUUAAAAUUGAUUUUUUCUCACACAAAGUGGACAUUUUACUCUUACAAAGCUUGUGGUUUAUACUAUGGUAAAAGCAUGGGAAUAUAUACUGAUGGAAAAAAGAAAAGCAACAUUUUCUGGAAUGAGAAUACUAUAGUUAUAGCUUAUGUACUUUCACAAAAAGUUGUCAAUUUGUUUUAGGCCCUCUGACAAGUAAUGCAGCUUGUGCAGUGAGGCAUUGCAACUUGCCAAUCACACGAAAGCUCGUUAGGUGCACUUUAACCCGACGAGGUCCAGGUGGAACCCCAACUGCAGAGACGGUUUCAACAGACUGGCAGGACAGAUGAGCAUCUAGGAUCUGGUUGCCCUCAAGUAACCACACCAGAGCAGGACUGUGUGAUGUGAUGACAGAUCGUUUCAGAUCUGCCACCCAUACUGCUACUGAAACUGCCA